UGUAACUUGCGGCUGCAUCUCAGACUACAAUUACCGUCAGCCACCGGGGUAGCAGUUUUUAGCGUCAAGGGAAGACGGCAGGCUUUAUAAGAUCUAAUAAGCAGGCAACGCCUAGCCGGGGAAUAUUUCGUCUCUAUACCGUUCUCGUCCUAAUAUCGCAUGUCCACUAUUCAGAACCUCCAAUCUUUCGACCCCUUUGCUGAUGCAACUAAGGGUGACGACUUACUCCCGGCAGGGACUGAAGAUUACAUUCACAUAAGAAUUCAACAGCGAAACGGACGAAAGACGCUUACUACAGUCCAAGGGAUUGCAGAUGACUAUGACAAAAAGAAACUUGUAAAAGCAUUUAAAAAGAAAUUUGCUUGUAAUGGUACUGUGAUUGAACACCCUGAAUAUGGUGAAGUUAUUCAACUUCAAGGUGACCAAAGAAAGAACAUUUGCCAGUUUCUACUUGAGGUUGGCAUUGUCAAAGAGGAGCAACUGAAAGUUCAUGGAUUUUAAAACAAUGAAGGAAGCUUUAUGGAUACUUCAUACUCUAAGGACUGAUCUGUUUGGUAUAUUCUGAACAAAAAGAAGUUUAGCAACACAUCUUGUUGUUCAAAAGUAGUCUGGGAACACAUGUAAAUGUAUUGUGAUUGGAUGAUAUUGAAUUAUUCAGUGAGGUAAGGGGUUAGUAGAGCAAGUUCAGGUACCAAUCAUGUGAAAAUAGUACCUUUGUGUCUUAAGUGCUGAGUGUGCAGAUGGUUAGCUGGUUAACAAGGAUAAUUAUAUUCACAGAUUUGGAAACAUUCUUAUUGACCCAAAAACCAUGUUUUACACCAGGGUUGAAUUGGAUUAUAACUUGCAUUACUGCUUUUAAGAAGAGGAGCAGGUAGGUAGACAUAUUUCCUUAACUAUCAGGAUUGCUUGUUUUCAGCAGUCCAAGAGGAUGGAUAAUUCUGUACUAAGAACUUCAUAUGUUUUUUUCUUGGUGUCAGUACUGAACUCCUGUCUGAACUUGAAUAUUUUAAAAUUCAAUCAUGGUGACUGUUAAGACCGAAUGGUCACGUUGGAACAUUGUUACAUUUCAUGUCACCUCACUGCAUCUAUAUAUACAAAUUGCUAUGGUAAGCAGAUCUGAAACCUGAUAAAUGGAAAAGACAAAUCCACAGAGAUUUUUAUGUAAUUACUGGCAAACUUCACUUUUAAUUAAUGAAGCUAAAUAUGUGUCAUUGGUUACAUGCAGCAAUAAGUUGCACAUUUGAAUUAAGCUGGUAGCAAAUAAACAGGUGUUGCUAAACUUGCUUUUUUCACAUUCUCUUAAUUGAACCUUAAUAUUUGCAGUGAUAGGACCUACUACUCAUGUGAAUUCAUGAUUUUGUUCCUAGUUGCAUGAUUACAAAAAAUGUAAUUUUUGAUUAUUUUCCCAGCCUUAACUAAGAUGGUGACAUAAGAAAUAUAUUUUAGCACAUUUCCAGUGGAAAUGUUUUUAGUUAAGAGUGUUAUUUUUCACCCAGUCUAACUUUUAAUGUAUUAAUGUGUUCUAUAAGCAACAUUACCAAUAAAAACAGGUGAGGAUUC